GUGUUGACUGUUGUGCUGCGCGCGGUCCUCUGGGCCACAUAAUGACCUCUCUUGUCGUCACUAAAUACUCGGAUGCUGAGCCUAAAUGGCCUGGCGUCAGGCCUCCAUCCCAUCCCUCGCUCCCAUUAGCACCGGGGCAUCUUUCUCCAGCUCUCCCGAGGUUCGGCGGCGUCUCGCUACGCGGUGUAUAAAAGACAGCGGGCCAGGCUGGCCAACAUGGACACGAGUGCAGCGGUGACCAUUCUGGUGGUGCUGAUGGCGCUGGGCGACGUCAGUCAUGGGCUUCACGUUGCAGGUGCGCCGGAGGAUGGUGAAGAUUUGAAGCGGGGCACAUCUCAGGACAACAUGGACAACCACUUGCUGGAGAUGGAGAGUGUCAAAGCAGAUAGCAGCGUGGAAGAUCAUCUGCUGACGGCGCUGCUCAGAGCCCUGCUGCUGGGAUCUCACAGAGAAGCCCGGAACUCUGUGCUCCAUGAACCACAGAGGUUUGGCCGCUCGUCCCGAGGGCCGCUGGUGUUGGAGGAUCACAUCAACUCGCCUGAUUGGGAGGAGGCUCCUGGCCAGAUCUGGAGCAUGGCGGUACCCCAGAGAUUUGGCAAGAAAUAAUGUCCUCAUGCAAAGAGGACGCACGUAUGGCGGCAAGCUGACAAGGGCGACCCAUGUCCAUCAAAUGAAACUAAAAUGGAAAGUCACUUGCUUUGUCCUUGAAACCACUCAUGUAUCCACACAAAAAGCAAAAUGAGCUUUUUUUUUUGUUUUUUUGUUUUUUUUUAUAUAAAUUGUCUCAUGAUGAUAGGCCACAACAAUAAAACAUUCAACAUUUCAGAAAAUGUUCAAAUUAUAAUAAAGGCUUUAAACCUAAA